AUGAAGCAUCUUGAUACAAAUGGAGUUAUCCCCGCAAAUCAGCACGGGUUUGUCAAAGGUAGGUCCACCGAAACUAAUCUCUUAGAAUGUUUAAACGAUUGGACUACUUAUCUUUAUAACAAGAAAGCUUGUGACGUGGUCUACUUCGAUUUCUCCAAUGCUUUCGAUAAGGUUGAGCAUUCUAAGCUACUGCUGAAGGUGCGGCGAUUUAAGUUUCACUCAGCGGUAUGCUUGUGGACAGAAAACUAUUUGUUUCAGCGGACGUUUCAGGUUAGAAUUAGGUCGGUAUUCUCAAAGAUAAAGGAGGUCAGAAGUGGAGUUCCGCGAGGAAUUGUUAUAUCGCCAUUCUUUUCGCUAUUUACACUGCUGAGCUGCCGGAGCUGCUAG